GCAGCCAGCGGGCAGCUCGGCAAAGGAGAAGCCAGAAGAGGAAGAAAAGAAGGAGGGAGAAAAAGAAUUUUGCCCGCCAUGAAUGUUCAGCCAAUGGUUGUUACUCAGCCACAGAUGGUAGUGACGGUCCAGCCCAACAGAAACUAUUGGCAAACGAACUUAUGUGACUGCUUUAGCGACUGUGAAGUCUGUCUCUGUGGAAUGUUUUGCUUCCCUUGUUUGGUAUGUCAAGUUGCUUCAGAUAUGAAUGAAUGUUGUUGCUGUAGCCCAACUGUGGCCAUGCGAGCGGUCUACAGGACAAAAUACAACAUCCCUGGCUCCAUCUGUGACGAUGCCUGCAUUGUGGGGUGUUUCCCCGUUUGUUCCCUCUGCCAAAUCAAGAGAGAUAUCAAUAGAAGGAAAGAAAUGGGAAUAUUCUAGAAGACUUCAUCCUAAGUGCCUUUUUUAAACGAAUGUAGAAUUCUGAGAAGAAUUAGAAUUUUAUUAGUAAGAUGCGUUAGAAUUCUGAGAAGUAGGAUGCAUUAAAGUAGUUUGUAGGAAGAACACCCUUGCUUUAUAAUUCUAAGCAUAUUCUUAACCCAGAAAUUAAAUUUUAGGAGUGAUUAAGAGCUCAAAAUCUAGUCACACAAAAACCUGCUGUUGUUGGUCCUGUCCUUGUCUUUGCCUGAUCUCCCUGUUUCAUUUAAAAUGGAAAAGAAAACAUUUUGGUUGCUGAUGUUGUUAAACAAUUAGGAUUUUUAAAAAAACAACAACAAUCCUUUUAGACCUUUGAAGAUUUAUUGGUGGAUCUAGAUUCUGCCUUUCCUGUUUUAGGGUUACCCGUGAUUUCUGUUUGCAGGGUGUAGUACUUGGAGAAAAUAAGGUAGAAUUGUAAUCUAAAGCCAUGACCCAUACUUGGCCUACAUGGAAGUGCUUGCUGUCCAAAUGUGAGGGACUAGAAUUAUUGUGAUUCCCAGCCAUCACAGCUUUGAAUUGAAGGAGAUAUAAAACAAAAAAAUAUGGAGAGCGCCAUCUUAAGUAAAAUUAAUGUACGUGAUUGUUUAGCUCAGGGGUGUCAAACUCAAGGCUCGCGGGCCAGGUCUGGGCCACGGGGUGCUUAGAUCUGGCCCGUGGGGCCGACCUGCAAAUAGCGAAGGACUGGCCCACGUUGCCUGUGUCAGCGAAAAUGGAGUUCCAUUUUCACUGGCAGGGGGUUGUAGGAGGCUGUCGCUGUUGAAAACGGAACUCAGGAGCCAGUUUUCGCUGGCAGAGCGCUCAGGCCACCACCGGCGCCCUCCAACACAAUGUUCAGCUGGCCACACCCACCCUUGCCAUGCCUCCCUGGCACCCUGAAGUCAGACACAACCCUGAUGUGGCCCUCCAUGAAAUCAAGUUUGACACCCCUGAUUUAGCUAGUAAAAUAUGUUGUUCUUACUCUCCUAGCCAAUGGUACACCCUUUCCUAAUGCUGGUGUGGAAAAUUGCCAGCAAAGCUACAGGGAGGAAUCAAGUGAGGGCUUAGCUUGGAGUCCUUGAGGAUUUGCAAGCACAUAAGCUUGACCUCCCCAAAGAUCCAUGAAGCCUUAUCUGGCUUUUCCCACAGGAAUACAUGCUGCUGGGUGAGAUUCUUGUAACAUAAGAGGUAGAUGAUAAAGUUACUGACUUUCAUUAUUCAUUAGUGGCUCGAGUUGGUUACACCUGACAGCUGAUAGUCUUUGUGUCGUGUCCCCCUCCCCCUCCGAUGACCAGGUCUGGGAAGUCUGUAUCAAGCAUGGCCACGAAGCCUCUGCAGCUUUGCCAAAUUCCUUUCAGAUUUCUCAGGGCAGGCAGGAAUCCAAGGUGUGACUUCAGCAAACCAGAUGAGACUUUGCUUGACUCAAGGAAUGCCAAAAAGCAGAUCCUUUAUAUAGGCUAUGGAGUGUGGCUCCAUGACUCAGCACUUAUCCAGGCCUGCCCCUCCCUUCCUUCUGCUGAUGUCGCCUCUCAGAUCUCCGGAAGCGAGGAUCCUCCCACUUUAGAUUGUCUUCUGCUGUUUGAGAAAGGGAGGGGUCAGAAGGAGUAGGUCCGGGUAAUUCCAAACCCUGGCUGACUUCCUCUGAUGGCUGCGUGUGAGUGAGGUUUGUUUGUUCAUUCCUGACAUCCCCUCUAGGCAUGAGGCCAGGGCUGGAGGCUGGAGGCAUGCCAGGCCAUUCCUCUUCAUUAUCAGACUCUGAAUGUGAUAUUAGGCCCGGCAGGAGGAGGGAGGGGCCUGGCUGAGGAGAGGAGGGAGGACGAGG